AUGGCUGCUCAACAACCGACAACUCCGAAACUCAAUUCCUCAACGCCCCUCUUGAUUAACUCCACAACAACAACUACCACAACAACAACAACACCCUCCUCAAGCCUUUCACUGGCAAAUAAUCAUCAUCAACAACAGUCUGUAGUGAGAUCAUCAUUUACGACCACGUUGGUACCUCCUCUUCCUAUAGGCUCUCAUCAUGAUGGUUCCAAUCCAAAGGAUUUUUAUGAUCAUCAUGAUAGUUUUAGUGAUUUAUCGGAAGAGGAUCCAAAUCAUCAUCAGGGUUCAUUGAAAAAUCAACGAACCAGUAGGGCUCAGAAUUUAUUUAAUGUGGUGAAGAGCUCAAUAGGAUGGCUGGCAUUUAGCAUUGUGUUUAAUGUGUUGAAUACAAUUGUAUAUUCUGCUUUAUACCCUAAAAUUCUGCAUAAUGUUUCAGUGAAUGGAGGUUCUGACUAUUCAACAGCAUUUUCAAUUACAAAUACUGUGACAACGUUGGCAAGUGCUCUUUCAUUGCCAAUUCUCGGAUCUUUGGUAGAUAACAUGAAAAUUAUUAGGGCCUCCAUGAUGGUCACCAUGUAUUUGGGUAUCAUUGCAACGAUAGGGCUGUUUUUCACAGACAAGUUACCGAAUGCAACAAGUGAAGACAUGACGACACAUUUAGCAAUUUGCGAGGUUGUGUAUAUUCUUGCAAUGUUCUUUUUGAGAUUUUCUGUCAUGAACAAUAAUGCAUUAUUGCCAAGUUUUGACAAGAAAAAUAUGAUGAUUUUGAGUUUAUCAGGUAAUUUUAUUGGGUUUGGAGUGAAUUUAUUGGGAUUGUUGAUUUUAGCAUUCACACCAAAAACCGUAUUUUCUGGAGAUAUAUGGGAAAUUACUCGAGAGAAUUGGUGGGUCCUUGUGUUCACAUGUUUCACAAUUUUAGUUUCGUUUUUCGUGUUUUUGAGCCCAAAUGGUGUUGACAGAGUAACUCUAAAUCCAGAUACAGAGCUAAAUUCUUCCUCUAUCAUUAUGAAAAAGGAAUUAGAAGUACCUCAAAUUUUCAAUCGAUUACCCAAAGCUCUCAGAGGAUUAGGAAAAAUUGUUACUGUUGUCAAGAACUCGUUUAUUGCUCUUUCUGAGACAUUUGAAAAUUGGAGAACAAACACGCAGUACUAUCACUGCUGGAUUUUCCUUCUUUCAUAUUUAUUCUUUUCUACCGCCGGUACUGUUGUGACCAUUUAUUUAGGACCUCUGUUCAUCGACAUUUACCAUUUUUCUUUGGAACAAGAAGUACUAUUGAACCUUUACUUUAAAGUUGCUAUGGUAGGAGGUGUUAUUGGAGGUGUUAUUUUUGAAAGGUUAUUCAAAUUUAAUGAUAUUUAUGUGCUGGCAGCACAAAAUUCGUUAUUUGGAGCAUUGACACUUUCCAUUUUUAUUACCAUCUCCCUUAAAGUCAAUCGAUAUGCUGUUCUUGCUCAAUUCCUUCUUGUUGGAUUUUUAUACGCUUGGAAUGCAAGUGUGGCACGUGGGCUAAUGAGCAAACUGAUUCCAGUGAACAAGAAGUGUGAAUUUAUGGGCUUUUUCUCUACCUUUACGUACUUGGGAAUUUCCAUAACCAGUGGAGUGUAUGCCUUGCUCAGCAAAUUCCAACUUCCUUCUCACACAUUGCUCUUGAUUUUGUUUAUUUGGCUUAUUCCAGCAUUCUUGUUUUUGGCCAUUUUGAAACAAUCCUUAGACAAACAUGCAGACAAGAAAUAG